UCUGUCAUAAUCUUUUAGGUUUCUUUGCUGCAACUUGAUCGCCCCUCAGAGGUAAGUUUUCUAGGGUUUUUAGAGAGAGCGGAGAGAAAUCAUCCAGCAACAAUGGCAGCCGCAACUGAAUCAGUUCAAUGUUUCGGGCGUAAGAAAACAGCAGUGGCUGUUACUCACUGCAAGAAAGGAAGAGGUUUAAUCAAGAUCAAUGGAGCUCCAAUCGAACUUGUUGAACCAGAAAUCCUUCGUUACAAGGCUUUUGAACCAGUCCUUCUUCUUGGUCGACAGAAGUUUGCUGGUGUUGAUAUGAGGAUUAGGGUUCGUGGUGGUGGUCACACUUCACAGAUCUAUGCUAUUCGUCAAUCCAUUGCUAAAGCUCUAGUCGCAUACUACCAGAAAUACGUUGAUGAACAACAAAAGAAAGAGAUCAAAGAUAUUCUUGUUAGGUACGAUCGUACUCUUCUAGUUGCUGAUCCUAGACGAUGUGAACCUAAGAAGUUUGGAGGUCGUGGUGCCCGUGCUCGUUUCCAGAAGUCUUACCGUUAAGGUUUUCAUUUCUCCUUUUUUGUUCUUCUCUGCCAUGUGUUUGUUUCCUUGGUACUAAAGAAAUUAGACAUCCUUUUGAGAGAGAUUUGCAGAGAUUUUUAAUUAUAGUUUGUUCGGAUAAUAAUGGUUUAUGUUUUAAUUUUGAUUGCGAUUUUCAAUCGCUAUUUCUACUGCUACUACUUGUUUCUUGGAUAUUGAUAAUGUGACUAGGGUUUUAAAUUUAAUAGAUGUUGUUUAGUUUAA